AAUCUGGGAGCUGGCAGCUGUGAGUCCUGGCCCUGCCACUCGACCUCUGGCGGCUAGCGGGGAGGCCCCUUCCUGACCUUCAGGGAUCGGCCACCAUGUCCCACCGGAAGUUUUCCGCCCCUCGGCAUGGACACCUGGGCUUCCUGCCCCACAAGAGGAGCCGCCGGCACCGGGGCAAGGUGAAGACGUGGCCGCGGGAUGACCCCAGCCAGCCUGUGCACCUCACGGCCUUCCUGGGCUACAAGGCGGGCAUGACCCACACCCUGCGUGAGGUGCAUCGGCCGGGGCUCAAAAUUUCCAAACGGGAGGAGGUGGAGGCGGUGACAAUUGUAGAAACGCCGCCCCUGGUGGUGGUGGGCGUGGUGGGCUAUGUGGCCACCCCUCGAGGUCUCCGGAGCUUCAAGACCAUCUUUGCAGAACACCUCAGUGACGAGUGCCGGCGCCGAUUCUACAAGGACUGGUGGUUGGGUUGUGAUCCCGUGGGCCGUGGUGUGACCUCUGGCCAUGUCCUGCAGAUGAAACUGCUGCCCUUCCGGCAGAAGAAGGCCCACAUCAUGGAGAUCCAGUUGAACGGUGGCACGGUGGCCGAGAAGGUGGCCUGGGCCCAGGCCCGGCUGGAGAAGCAGGUGCCCGUGCAUAGCGUGUUCAGCCAGAGUGAGGUCAUUGAUGUCAUUGCUGUCACUAAGGGUCGAGGUGUCAAAGGGGUCACAAGCCGCUGGCAUACCAAGAAGCUGCCGAGGAAGACCCAUAAGGGCCUGCGCAAGGUGGCCUGCAUUGGCGCCUGGCACCCCGCCCGCGUGGGCUGCUCCAUUGCUCGGGCCGGGCAGAAGGGCUAUCACCACCGCACGGAGCUCAACAAGAAGAUCUACCGCAUCGGCAGGGGGCUGCACAUGGAGGACGGGAAGCUGGUGAAGAACAAUGCAUCCACCAGCUACGACGUGACUGCCAAGUCCAUCACACCACUGGGUGGUUUCCCGCACUACGGGGAAGUGAACAACGACUUCGUCAUGCUGAAGGGGUGUAUUGCUGGUACCAAGAAGCGGGUCAUUACGCUGAGAAAGUCCCUCCUGGUGCACCACAGCCGCCAGGCCGUGGAGAAUAUUGAGCUCAAGUUCAUCGACACCACCUCCAAGUUCGGCCAUGGCCGCUUCCAGACAGCCGAAGAGAAGAGGGCCUUCAUGGGCCCCCAAAAGAAGCAUCUGGAGAAGGAAAAACCGGAGACCUCGGGAGACUUGUAGGCUGCGUGGGGUGGAUGAGCCCUGAAGCGCACGGCACCGUCUGCCCCAAUGUCUAAUAAAGGCCGGAGGCGACUCUUCCUAUGGUGUCUCGGAGCGCUGAGUAACCGCCCAAGGGGUUCACCUUGCCUGCUGCCUAGACAAAGCUGAUUCAUUAAGACAGGGGAAUUGCAAUAGAGAAAGAGUAAUUCACGCAGA